ACCCACCAACAACCACCAAAUUCCAUAACUUGAAAUGCAAGAGACUAAUACCUCUCAACUAUCUUGUUUGUUAGGAUUUCAUAUUCACAUUUCCUCUCUUAUUCUUGAGUUUUGUAACCACCAUUCCUAUCCUUGGAUCACAAUAGAUCUAGUCUAUGAAUGGCAAAGCUAAGAUCUAUGGCUCAGUUAUGGCCAUCUUUUGUAAGAAUAUGUCUGCUGAAUGUUGUCUUCAACUUCAAGAUCAUUGCAUUAGGGGAUGACAUUGGAAGUAGUAGUGGUUUUACAUCAUCAUCAUCAUCACAAACUACAUGCAAGAAUACAAAUUUUCAAAUUUUUCUCCCUCCACCUUAUCAGAAUAUAUCCUCUACAAUAUGCAAACCUGUUUGGCAUACAUAUGAAUUGAGGUACACAAAAAAUGAUGAUAUCACAACCAUCAUAUUAUCUGCACCCUACACUGUUGGGUGGGUGGGAAUUGGAUUUUCUAGAGAUGGUAAAAUGGUUGGAUCAAGUGCAAUGGUGGGGUGGAUUAAUAAACAUGGUCAUGCAAAAAUCAAGCAAUAUUAUCUAAGGGGUAACAAAUCAUCAGAAGUCAUUGCAAAUAAAGGUGAACUGCCUCUAAAUAAUGUGCCUGCUGCUGUGGCAACAAAUGGUGCUGAAAUUUAUUUGGCAUUUCAGCUUCAAACAACAGUUCCAUUUGGGAAGCAACCAAUUUUAUUGGCUUUUAGUACUAAGCAACUACAUGAACACCACCUGUCAAAGCAUGAUGACAAAAUAGCAAUUCUAUUUGAUUUUUCUUCAGGUGCAAAAUCAGGUUCUAAGGAUCCAUCAUCCAAUGGUUUGAUUCAAAUGAGGAAGAACCAUGGAAUAAUGGGUAUACUAGGGUGGGGCUUAAUCCUGCCAAUAGGGGCAAUUGUUGCUAGAUACUUCAAACAUAAGGAACCACUUUGGUUCUAUCUACAUUCAAUCAUUCAAUUUGUUGGAUUUGCUUUUGGUCUUGUCACUGUCCUUCUUGGAUUACAACUCUACUCCAAAAUGCAUGUUCACAUUCCAGCUCAUAGAGGAAUUGGCAUUUUUGUCCUUGUGCUAAGUAUUCUUCAGAUAUUAGCAUUCUUCUUGAGGCCAAAUAGGGAUUCCAAAUUUCGCAAAAUGUGGAAUUUGUACCAUGGUUGGUUUGGAAGAAUGGCACUAUUCUUUGCAUCAUUGAACAUAGUGUUGGGAAUGCAAGCUGCAGGAGCAGCUAAUGAUUGGAAGAUUAGUUAUGGAUUCGUUGUUGGUAUUAUAAUUGUUGCAGUCAUCGUUCUAGAAAUACUCGCAUAUUUGAAAAGGUUAGAGAAGCGUUCUCUUCCUCCAAAUUUCCCAAUGGACCCUCUUGGAGUUGGAGAAGAAACCUUUCCAAGUAAUCAUCUACCAAAAGGAUGAAUGUGUUGGAUCCUAGUUUAACACUUGUAUAAACUCAUACUUUUGGAGUGAUGUAGAGAUAUAUAGCUACCUAGAAGUUUGCCAAAAAAACUUUGGCUUCCUCACAUGAACUUAAUAUUGAUCUUUUGUUUUUUUGUUUUUUUUUUUUUUUCCCUUUGAGUUUCUGCUGCUGCUUGAUCGAGUGUAACAUCUUUUUUUUUUCUUUCUAAAUGUACAGAGAAAUGUUUUUGAAAUUUAUUAAUCAGAUUGGUGA